UGGAGAACGCCGGCUGCACAAGACACAAAACAAACAACAGCCUCAGCAAACGAUAUUAUCAGAGUUGACAGACGGAGCGGAGCGCGCGUUAAAAGAAAACAAUGUGCAAUAAAUGAGGCACGACUGCUGCCAGCCAAGAGAGAGCGGUAGACAAAGCGACAAUAUUUAACCUGGUCACCUGGAGGCGAAUCAUUUGAGUUUCACACCUAGCGCGUUGCGCGAAUCUGUCAGGGCGGGGGCAACUGCGUCUUUGUGUCUGUGUGGGUGUGUUUGUGUGUGUGCUUGUGCCACCUGUCGUCAUGUUGACACACACAACGCUGCUUAUCAAGCGCAGCAGCCAGUUGCUGCCACUUCUGCUGCUGCUGCUGCUGCUGUUGGCGGCAUUGCGCUGCGAUGGCGCCACGGUCACCUGGGGGCAGGUGAACAAAUACGCCAGCACGCUGCAUGCACAAGAUGUUUACCUCGCGGAUGCGAAUGUGAAUGUCACGGAUGUUGUAUAUGGCACACAGAAUCCCGAAGCUGUCGAUGCCUAUACGAUUACGGCGGUGCACGCCUACGAUAUGACGCCGCCCGAGGGCGAUGGCGGGCGGGCGCAGCUGUUGGGCGGCGGUGUGGGCCAACAGUUUGCCACGGUUCGUUUCCAGCGGCACAGAUCGGUGCCCGUGUUGCACUAUCAAUUGGUCAUUUAUGGUGUCGAAUUGUGAACGCGUGACAGGUUACAGCUGAGCUCGCACGCACUGGCGCUCUGUGUACUUUGCUGCUGCUGUGUUUUUAUUAACAAUUUUUUUUUUAUGUCUCACAACUUAAUUAACUUCUAAUUAAAGUUGGAAUUCGACGCAGUCGGCUUCCUGCUCGGCGACAGACAGUUGCUAACUAUAUUAUAAUAAUUUCAUAAUUAAGAGCAUGAGUUGCGCUUAUUAAGUUGAAAAAUUUGAAAAUUGCAUUAUAAGUUACACACAAACACACGCACACACGCACGCACACACACGACACGUCGGAAUUUAACAUUGUGCGACAUCUUGACAGAAGCCGCGGAUGCUGCUGUUGCAGCUACUCGUAAUGAGAUGCAAAUGCGCCCACUCACAACCAACCCACACACCCUUACCCACAAAAGCACCCCCCCAUCCACACACACACACACAGACAGCCGCUUAGCGGUUUGGUUUGCAGGCGUAUGUCGCUUUAAGCGCCUGAUAAAUGCAGCUUAAUUCGAAAACUACCUCCCCCCUGCAGCGCCACUUAAACUACAAUAUGCACGUAAGAGGCUUUAGGCCGAUUAAGAAAGAAUAUAUCUAUAGUUGUGAGCAAUCGCAUCAUUCAAGAGCUGAUUUUGCGCUUUGCUUUUACCUGUUCGACUUCAAUCAGCGACUUGUGGGCGUUUCUGGGCAAUUUCCACCUGCCGAAUGGCUGUUUUUAUGCCCACAACUUAAUUAAGUAUUCAUAUAUGUCAUUAGUGACUGUGACUAGUAAAUCUAUAUGCAUUCAAUUAAUCCACUUUUACGAAAAGUUAAGCCCCAAUAGAUAUUAAUUGAAUGACUCACACGAGCGAUAGUUUAUGCACGGUAAUCAUAACAAAACAAUUGCGUUCUCUAUAGAAAAUAAUUAAUUGCCCGAUCAGAGUUUCAUCAAUAGAUUAGCAAAACUAGCAUUUUAUCUGAUUAGAAUAUACAAAUAUUGUAUUAUUUAUAUUGUCUUUGGCCUUUAAACGACAUAUUAGGGCUGCAAGCUACGAUAACUUUAUCGAUAAAAAUCGUUUUUUCAAUACGAUAUUUAUACAUAUUAUUAUUAUACAAUAUGUAUUUAGUUUAAUUGAUGAUUUACAUAUUAUUUAUAAUCAAAAGAAAAAUUGAAUUCUUGCGAUUCGAUAUUUAAGGUUUGUUAAGCGAUAGUAAUUGGGCCUGACAACGAUAAGUAAUCGAUUUAUUUAGUUAAGUCUAUGUACAUAUAUUUCUAAAUUAUCAAAAACAUUUUUUAAGCUUGAAAUUUUUAAAUUAAUCUAACUAAUCACAUUUUAAAUUUGUUGUUGUUAUUUUAUCCUGCUGUUUUUCAAAUAACCCAAUUU